GGAACUCUGGGGCCAGCAAAAACUCACUCUGUUAACAUCAAAAGGGGCUUGGGAGCUCCUUGCAGGGGGAAGUGUUGUUCAGAGAGCCCGCGUGUUAUGUAGAAGUUGAAGCUGAGCAGCGAAGUGUUGGGGAGAAGAGAGGAGGGGGGAAUGGAGAAAGAAGGCAAGAAGUGAAAAACCUGUAGGUGGGGGCAGGACUGCUGCAUGCCCAUGUUCGCUGGGCUGUAAACUGAUGAGAUCAUGUUUUCAAGCAAGGAAGGAGAGCAGGGAAGAGCAAACUGAAAGAGGUUGUCUUUUGGGCAGGGAAGGAGGGAGAAAGAAAGAAAGAAGGAAGGAAAGGGAGAGCAAGCAGGAGACAUGGAGCACGCAAACAGAUUCCUCCUGGGCCUGCUGCUGUUGCUGCUGCAAGAGUCUGUUGUCCAUCCCUAUUCAGCCCCAGUGGAUGCUUCCAAUCUCGAGAGCGUAGUAGUGUCUGUGCAGAACAUCACUGCCAAGGCGGGCACUCGAACGGUCCUCUCCUGCAAGAGCUACAGGAUGGUGUGGACCCAGGACCGCCUGAACGACCGCCAGCGUGUGGUCCACUGGGAUCUGUACAGGAACCAGUAUGGAGACUACAACGCCGAGCGACUGUGUGACAUGUAUUCGGCCGGGGAUCAGCGAGUCUACAGCGGCUACAACAAAGGACGGAUUUUCAUGCCGGAAAAUGCAUUUGUGGAUGGCAACUUCUCACUGGUAGUCAAAGACAUCUCCAGGAGCGACCAAGGCAUCUACUCUUGUAACCUCCACCACCAUUACUGUCACCUUUAUGAAAUUGUGAAGAUACAACUGGAUGUAACCGAAGAAGUCGAAGAAGUGCAGAAGUUUUGGGAUGGGGAGAAAGUUGUGAUCGUGGCCCUGAAGGGAAGCGCCGUCUUGCUCCCCUGUAUUAACCGGAACCAAAUCUGGACCGAGCGGCACGACGAAGAGGACCAGCAGGUGGUCCACUGGGACUGGCAGCCACCAGGGGUGCCUCAUGACAAGGCCGAUCGCCUCAUUGACCUGUACGCCUCUGGAGAGGGGCGCUCUUAUGGUCCCUUGUUUAUCCGGCAAAAGAUGAAUAUCACUGACAAGGCUUUCGCCCAGGGAGACUUCUCCUUGAGGAUAUCCGGUUUGGAAGUGGCUGAUGAAGGCACCUAUUCCUGCCACCUCCACCAUCAUUACUGUGGCCUUCACGAACGCAGGAUCUUUCAGGUCUCUGUUGUGGAGCCGGAACCGGAAAAGAAGGUGGUGGUGGUGAACUUCACUCGUCACAAUGCGCCGGCUGCAGAUCCAAACGCCGGCCGUGGCCACAAUGUGAUCAAUGUCAUCAUUCCUGAGAGCCGUGCUCAUUUCUUCCACCAGUUAGGGUACAUCCUGGCAACGCUGCUGCUCUUUAUUCUGCUCCUGAUCCUUGUGGUACUCGUCACACGCAAGCGCCGGAGAAGAGGUUUUGAGUGCAACGUGAGAAAAUUUGAUGAGAAAGAAGUGAAUCUCAGCGAGUUCCCAGUCCACACACCAGAUGUAUCAAACUACAAAAGUGAAGAUAUUAAGUUGGAUUACAAGAACAAUAUCCUGAAGGAGAAGGCGGAACAUAACAGGGUCCUCCCACCUAAGAACAUUGACUUAGAUAAAGAAUUCAGGAAAGAAUACUGUAAAUGAAAACAAGAAUGCAAAGCUGCUGGCUGGACCAGAAGCACCAAUCGGAAUUGAAAUGUAACAAGAGAAGCAUCGUUUUUUCCUUAUUGCAACACCCUUCUAGUUACCAAAGAGCUCUCUGUAGACUUCCUCCCUGUCUUGGUGGUAGCAAACACAUAGAUGAUAACUUACAGUGCCAUUCUAUACGUGUCGACUUGGAAGCAAAUCCUAUCAGAUUGUAUUCAGUGUUAGUCAUACUCAGAGUUAGGGAUGUCAGAGGUUUCUGAUGACAACAGAAACAGGAGCAGAAAUUGUCAGUGUUCGCUUAGUCGUCCCUUGUCCAGAACAGAAAUCUUUUUUUUAAAAAAUAAUAAUAUUUAUAUAAUUAAUUUUACAACAUGCAAAAUUUCAAAAAAAGAGAGAAAAGCUUGAAAAGCAAACCGUUCAUUGUAUAUAUAUCUUAUUUUGACUCCUCUCCCCCUCUUUCCGCAGUUCCUUGUUUAUAUAAUAUCUUACUGGAAUUAUAUAUACAGUAUAAUAUUUACUGGAAUGCCCAGAACAGAAAUCAAUCCAAAUGAUACAUAAUUGAUAACCUUCCCCCACAAAAAAAUACAUUGUGUUUCUUAUACACUGAACGAAUGGAGUAGAAUAAUGUAAUGACACUGUAAUAAAUUCUGUAAGUUACAUAAAUUGUGUAAUUUUGCCACAGCAGACAGUGAAACAAAUAAUGUAGUUUUUGGUGGAAGGUGAAUUGCAGCAGAGCAGAAACAGUGCUGCCUGCAAAGAGUACAGGGCAAAAGAUGUCUUCAUACAUCCCUACUCAGAGUAGACCCAUAGAUAAAUUAUGACUUAGGUCCAUUAAUUUCAAUGAGUCUGCUCUGAGCAUGACUAACUUGGAUACAGUCCAUUGAGUCCAAUGGAGCUUAUUCCUUUUCUUUUGUACACACUUAUCUAGGAGUAAGUCCCAUUGGAUCUCAAUAGGACGAGGUUAUAGAAUUGCACUGUUUAAAACUUCCUCUUUCUUAUUCUAUAAAACGAUAUUUUCCCCCCCUUUUCAUAAUUAUUUUGUUGCAUUUGUAUAUAUCUUCUGAGAAUUUUUUUUAAAUGAUCUUUUUCUCAAAUGAGCUAAAAAACGUAGGAGCUUGGAUUACUGUUAGACACAGAAGAGAUUUUGCAGUUUUUCUUCUUGCACCAACAUUUAAAUGAUUAUUUUUUUUUUUAAGAUGGCUAUCGACUUAAGCCUGCUUUUGCGGUUGCUGAAACAUGCUGCCUUCCAUGUUACACAGAACUCUUCCAUCAGACAUUUGGGUCAACAGAUCUGAAUUGGCCCACCUUUAGCUCUCCUAAGGAACAUAGUGAACUGAAUCAGACCAAUAGUCCACCUAGCUCAGUAUUGUCAACCUUGACUGGCAGUGGCUCUCAAUACAAGGUUCUCUCCCAAGCCUACCUGCAGAUCCUGGGGAUUGAACCUGGGACCUUCUGCAUGCAAAGGAGAUGUUCCACCACUGAGAUACAGCCCUUCCCUUUGGCGUUUCCACACCGCCUUUAAAUUUCCUGCAGCCUUACUUAAGGGGGUGUGGGUGUCUUGAGGCAUCAAGCCUUGCAUGAGAAUAUAAGGUGUGGGUUAAGUAGAGGACCCCGCAAGAUCUUCUUUCCAGUCUUCAAAACUCUUUCUAGUCCUGCAGAUCCUGAUACCUGAUACCUCAUUCCGUGGUUAGAAUUGCAGAAUUGGAGGGGGCCUUGUGACCCGUCUAGUCUCUCUCUCUCUCUCUCUCUCUCUCUCUCUCUCUCUCUCUCUCUCACACACACACACACACACACACACACACACACACACACCACAUUCGGUGCAGGAAAAAACAACCUCUGUUUGAACAACUCCAGUGAGAGAAACUGGAGGUAACUGGUUUACACUGUCAAACUGCUCUUCCUAUUAAACAGUGUUUCGCCGAAUGUUCCUCCGAAAUCUGCCCUCCUGUAACCAUAUGAUCUGGUUCUCUGCCCAAGUCCUGCCUUCUUCCAUGUGACAGCCUUCGGGACUUUAAAGAGUGCUGUUGUGUCCUGCAUCAGUCUUCCGGGGUCUGCCCAGUCUCUCACUGUUUCCCAGUGGGAUGUAACCACAGACUGGCAAAUGUAGGUUGUACAGUUACACUUGAUUAGGAGUUAUUGUGGUGUAAUAGACUUUUCCCAAUGAG